AGCUUUUGCACCUCGAGAGGGCCCCCCCUCCCCGCGCCCAAAGCGGCCGCCGCCGAGCCGGGCGCGAUGGCCCCAGCGCUGCGGUCCAGCGCCCGCCCAGGCGCGGCGGCCCGCGGAACACGCCCCCGACGCCACCCGUGCCUGGCCGCGGGGGCGCUGGUCACGGCCCUCCUGUGCGCAAGGUCACAGUGGCAGGCCUUCCUGCCCUCGCCGGCGGGGCGCCACGGCGCCGCCCGAGCAGCCGGCGGCCGGCAGGUGGGCAGGCCGGCGGGGGCCAAGGCGGCGGAGUUCCAGAACCUGGACGCGCAGUACAAUACCGCGUGGCUCGACAUCGAGCAGACGUCUGUUGAGUCGAUGAACUGGGCCAACCCGCAGACCGUCUUCGCGAUCGGCGCGAGCGCGCUGUACGCUUUCGACGUGUGGCGCAUCGGUCAUCUGAUCCCUCCGACUGGCCAGGAGGCUGUGCUGGCCGGGCUCCUGUACCUCGGCCUGUACGCCUCCCGCUACCAGGACGUGCGGCGUCUGGACUAUCACUACCAGGUGAGCUUCUACGCGUCCAUCGGGUGGACCUUCUAUGCCUUCGCGAGCCUGGUGCACGCGAUGUCCUACAGUCCGGACGCCACCCAGCACGUCCUGUCCCAGCCGGACGCGGACGCCUUCCACGGCGGAGCUGCCGCCAUCUACUUAGGCAGCUGCGCAUACUUCUACGCCUACCACUGGGGCCGCCAGUGGCGGCACCUCAUGGAGAACCGCCUCCGGCCCAUGUUUGUCGUAGGUCUUGGCAGCCUGACCUUCGCCCACGGGCUGACUGUCGGCCACAUCUUGAAGUGCCUGGACGACCCCAAGUGGUUCGCGACGGUCUCGCAGAUCUACCCUGACGAGUGGCAGUGGAUGGCGGACACGCGUCUCGUUGAGCUGUACCUGACGGCGCUGGCGCUCUUCCUCGUGAUCUGCCACCUGCGGGGGGUGCUCACCGGCACCGCGAACGCCGCGGUGGUGUUCCUGGGCACCGUCAUCGUUCCCACCGCGCUCCUGUUCGGGGAGACCUUCUUCAUCAAGGCCUGCGCCUGGGAGCACUACUUCAUGUGGGGCCCGAAGCACUGGUGAAAGCUCUACGUGGAGGAGACAGGACGCUUUGGCCCUGACGAGCUCCAGCGGCGUCGACUGAGCUCCUGUGAAGCUCGGGCGCGUCGGCCUCCUCUCCGCCUCUCGCGCCGACGUCUGGGGUCGCUGUGCCGCUCCACGCCCUUCGCCGUCGGCAUGCGCAGGCUCGGCAUCGCUCGGACGUGUGCAUUUUUCUUUCGUCGAGGACCAUCGAGGAGCAUCCUUUACCAUUUGGCGAAAAAACCACGCAAGAAACCGAACAAGACACAGGGAAUGGACGUCCGAGCGAGCAGGCCCACAAGGCGAGGCAGGCGCGUUCAGAGCGGGCCUUGCGCGACUCCCAGAACGCGGCGGGGGGCCCAAGAGAGGGAGAGCGAGGAGGCGGAGCGGGGCCCAGGGGCUGGCGUGUGCACGCCUCCCCGGCAGGCCCGAGGGGCGUCUGCACCCGAGCGGGCCUGGGCUGGGACCGGUGCUGUGGCGCAGAGGUGGGGUCCUCGCAGGACGAGGAGACGGAGGUCGAGGCGGAGG